AUGGCUCAUCGUCGGCCGCCUUCUCUGUUUUGGAUCACCCUGCUCGAUCCAUCGUCUGCUGAACUAAGAAUCCCAUCUACGGCUGCCACCAAGUACUUCAAUAACGAAGUACCUAAGGACCCGAUUACUUUAUCGGCAAAUGGAGGCUAUUCAUGGGAGAUUAAAGUCGAAAAAUUUGGUGAAGGUUUAUGGUUUGCAAACGGAUGGAUGAAUGUGGUUCAAGAUGCCCAGUUUCAUUUUGGGGAGAUGCUUUUGUUUAAGAUAGUUGAUCAUCCAUGUAUAGGUAGCAUCAAAAUGUCAGUGUAUAGUUCAAAUGGAUGUGAAAGAAGCUUGCAAUUGCCCCCGGUUGAAGCUGAUGUUCUUGUUCUUGAUGAUGAUGAUGAUGAUCCUUUUUUCAUAUCAGUUAUUUCUAGAUCCCAUAACACUAUGCUGCGGCUUCCAAGGGAUUUUGUUCGUUUGGCGAAAAUAGAAGAUAAAGAGACCGUAAUACUCAAGGGUUUAGGAGGACACGAAUGGCUGAUGGGCGUGGGGUUGGAUAGAGGCAAUCCGACAGCAAGGUACUUUUUAUCGUCCGGGUGGCUUGAUUUCAAGAGAAGUAAUAACUUAUCAGAAGGCGAUACAUGUGUUUUCAAGUUCUUAAGAAGUGAAAACAAGAUGUGGCUACAAAAAGUCACCAAGAGGCCAUUUAGCCAGAAUCCGACCACGACGCAAACACCAAAGAAUAACAGGGGAGGCAGCAGUGUUGUGAAGCAACAAGCAGAUGUGGCGGUGGCCAAGAGGCCGCGCGGAAGGCCACGUAAGCAACAACAUGGAACGGCGCCACCUUGA